GAAGAAGCGACGUCUCCCUUUUCACUGCAUCCUGUGAGCCCCUAUUCGGUGCUCUCGCGGUUCGUCGCAAAGAUCUGCAAAUAUCAUGGCUUAUCGAGGUAGGAUGACUCAUCUCCCUCACUGGUGAGUGCUCAUUCGGGCGCCUCCGUGUGCGCCUCUGUGUCUGUGUGUGUGCAGAUGACGAUUUGGUGUGCGCGUGGCCCGUGCCGUCUGACCUGGACAUUGCCCAGUCCAUCGCGCCCAUCCCAAUGCAGGAGCUCUCCGCCAAGAUGGGGCUGGCACAGGAGGAGAUACACUACUACGGCAGAUACAAGGUCGCACGGGGCACUUUGUGCUGACGGAUGAGUCGGCCAUGAGUCAAAGUCAUCGUCUGAUGCUCUGUGUUGUCAUGGUUGUCAUGUGUGUCAGGCCAAGGUGGAUCUGUGUGUGCUUGAUCGGCUGAAGGACGCGCCCAAUGGCAAAUAUGUGGUCGUCACGGGCGUCACGCCCACACCGCUGGGCGAGGGCAAGACCACCACAACGGUAGGCGCCGCGCAAGGGAUGGACAGACGAACACCGAUAGAGAGGCCAUCUGUUUGUCGUGUGUGUUGUCAGGUUGGUUUGAGUCAGGCGUUUGGCAAGCACCUGGGCUGCCCGGUGUUCACGUGCGUCAGGCAACCCAGCAUGGGUGAGUGACUAAGUGAGUGAGUCACCGACACGCAGGACGAGAGGACGACAAAGGAUGCUCGCUCACUGCCUCUGCGGGUGCAGGUCCAACCUUUGGGAUGAAGGGAGGCGCGGCUGGCGGGGGAUACUCACAAAGUGAGUAAGGUCGACGACGAAGCGAGCACGCGAAUGAAUGGCCGUUUCCGUGUGUCUGUAGUCAUUCCUAUGGAGGAGUUCAAUCUGCACCUCACUGGGGACCUCCACGCCGUCGCGUAAGCACUGACAGCCCAGACACGCACGGGAUGGUGCCCUUACUGACUCUGUUUCUUUCCCCAUCCAUUCGUGUAGGAUUGCCAACAAUCUGGUAAACAGACACCGCCCGAACGCGUCUGACUUUCACCACUCUUGUCUUUCGCUUCCCAUGAUGUGGUCCACCAGCUCGCGGCUGCCAUCGACACACGCAUGUUCCACGAGGUGACCACACACAACGACAGCCAGGCCCUGUGGGCGACUCAACAAGCAACGCUUUGCCUUCUACGUGGCUGCAGUCGACGCAGAAGGACGAGGCCCUGUUCGACCGGCUCGUCCCGAGGGACUCCGCGGGAGGCAAACGGUGAGUAAGCCCACACCAACACACAGCCGCGGGCCAAUGGUGAAUUCGAUUCUGUGACGCAGGCGCUUUGCCCCCGUCAUGAAGAAGAGACUCGCCAAACUCGGCAUCGACCCAGAAAUAGAGUAAGGACACGCCUCAAUCAACAGGUCGAUUGGGGUGAAUGUGUCCUCUCUCCUGUUUCAGUGGCGACUCGUUGACAGCCGAGCAGAAGGGUGCGUUUGCGCGUCUGGACAUCGACCCCGACACCAUCAUCACUCGACGAGUCGUAGACGUCAAUGACAGGGCACUCAGAGGAAUCACCAUCGGAAAAGGUCACACAUUCUCACCCCACACGCAAUUACGCAACCACCAUGACCCGCGCACACGUAGGUGAACGUCUUUUUGGCUGCAGGCGAGAACGAGAAGGCGCCUCGCGAGACAGGUUUUGACAUCGCUGUCGCGUCUGAGGCCAUGGCCAUCCUGGCUCUCGCCCAAGACCUCCCGGAUCUGCGGGACAGACUGGGAAGGGCCGUCGUCGCAUCUAGCAAAAAUGGUACGGUGCACAUACAGACAGUGGGAGAUAUGAUCCAUACACUGCUGUGGUUGUCGUUGCUCUCUGUGUGCAGGCGAUGCGAUAACGGCCGACGAUUUGGGUGUGGGUGGUGCCAUGACGGUGCUGAUGAAGGACGCACUGAUGCCCACCCUGCUGCAGACACUCGAGGGCACUCCGGUGUUCGUCCACGCGGGGCCAUUCGCUAACAUCGCUCACGGCAACUCGAGCAUCGUCGCGGGUGAGCCACAGUGCUCGCGAAGAAAGGACGAGGCACUGAGAAGGAUGGUGACAUUCGUCGUGUGCAGACAAGGUGGCUUUGAAGAUGGUGGGCCCUGAGGGAUUCGUCAUCACAGAGGCUGGUGAGUGGGUGCGUCAGACAUAUGUUUCGACGUAUCGACACGUGUGCCUUGGUGCGUUUUAGGAUUUGGUGCUGAUGUUGGUUUUGAGAAGUUUUGCGACAUCAAGUGCCGGUCCAGCGGGCUGCACCCCGACUGUGCCGUCAUUGUGGCCACCGUACGGGCACUCAAGGUCAGUGCUGACACACCGCCCACGGCACACCUGCAGCACAAACAUUGUCGCACACGUGUGUGUUGCGUGCAGCUGCAUGGCGGUGGCCCGCCAGUGAUCGCGGGGAAGCCCAAGGCACCAUGCUACACGGUGAGUAGAGGCACAGACUCACUCUGACAUCGGUUUGCGUGUCUUCUGCACACCGAUGUGUGUCGGCUCGCUUGUGUGUGUGGGCAGUCUGAGGAGGUGGAUCUCGUCGAGAAGGGCUGCUGCAACCUGCAAGGUCGGCACAACACUCACUCCUACAUACGGACACACACAAGAAAGCCAUCUUCAUUCAUUGAUGUGCGUUGGUGGGGCACGUCCAUCUGUCCAUCCAUCUGUCCAUCAGUGCAUGUGCGCAACUGCCGCAAGUACGGUCUCCCAGUGGUGGUGUGCGUCAACAGACACCCCACAGACACCGCCCGCGAGAUCGACAUCGUGUGCCAAAAGGCAGUCGAGGCGGGCGCGAACAAAGGUACAGACACCACACGCCGCACAUCACCUUGAGUCUCCCAUUCGUCUGUUUGCUUGUGUGUCAGCUGUGUGUGGUGAGCACUGGUCGAGUGGCGGCAAGGGGGCCGUGGCGCUGGCAGAAGCCGUCAAAGAGGUCAGUGACCAAAAGGCAGCACAGCAAACCAUGGGCUCGUGGGCAAUCGACGCCUUUUAUGGUCCGUGCUGUUACUCUUUGUGUGCGCCUUUUCAGGCGUGCUCGCUGCCAGAGAAAGGUAAGUCCGGCAGGCAACAGAGAAUGUCUCAGCACCAACAUGGGUCAUCGUUGUGCUUGCAGCCUUCAGUUUCCUCUACCCCCUGGACAUCAGCAUCAAGGAGAAAAUCAGUGAGAGAGACCGACACACACAAACAUGGUGACUAUCCUUCCGCACCACACGAGUGUGUGUCCCACGUGUGCAGGCGCGAUAUGUGUGAACAUAUACGGUGCUAAGGACGUCGAGUACUCUGACGUGGCCAACGCCAAAGUCGAACGAUUCGAAAAACAAGGUGACCCCGAGACGCCAAGACAUAUAUACGCCCACACCACCUCUCAUCGCCUCAUUCUUGUGUGUGGUCAGGUUUCUCUGGCAUGCCCAUCUGCAUGGCCAAGACCCAAUACUCACUCAGCCACGACGCAGACCUCAAGGCAAAACAAACAAGCCAACACUUACACACAUACACGCACCCAUAUGUGUGUGUGUGUGUGCUUGCUGCCAUGUAUGUGUGCUCAGGGCGCUCCCACGGGCUUCACUGUCCUCGUCAAGGACGGUGAGCACACGGUUACAAGACAGCACAACACAGAUCCGUGUGUGUGCAGUGCGUGCGGCAGUGGGUGCCGGCUUCAUCUAUCCUCUGCUCGGACCCAUCAUGACCAUGCCAGGUGGGUCGACCACACCACCGACCACCAUGCGUAAUCGACCAUGGCCGUUGUCUGCAGGUCUGCCCACCCGCCCCGCGUUUUACGACGUCGACAUAGAUUUUUCAACAGGCAAGAUCACGGGGCUCUUCUGAAGUGCACACUACUGCUCCUGGUGGAUGGCAGUAGUAGGGAUGCGGGAGGGCUGCAUGCUCUCACGUGUGCAGAUACAUCCACUAACUCUUGCCUCCUUUUUAUGGCUUUUCGCUGCUCCACCCGUGUGACUGAUGGUGGUGGUGCAGCGCAUAGGAGGGGUGGGGUGGGGUGCUGUAUGUCUGUAAGUACUUACCAGAGCUGCACGCGCGCGUUUUUUUUUAUUCAUCUGACGGACAGCUGGUCAACUGAGUGGGAGGAAGGAGAGAAUCGGUAUGUGCUCAGGGAGGUGUUAGCACAACUGCCACUGCCCUCGUCGGGGCUCCGCUACAGACCACAAUGCGGGUUCGAACUCCGCCGCCUCCCUCUCUAUACUGACGUCUUGUCGCCUCUCUCGUCGUGCGGUGCGCAAAGCACAGAUGGAUGUGAUGGUGUGGCGUGUUGUCUGUAAGUUACUUGACAUGGCCACACGCGCAAUUUUUCACUCAUUUGACGGGCAGCUGACUGAGUCUGGGGAAGGAGAGAGCUGAUGUGUGUUCAGGGAGGUGCUGGCACAACUGCCACUGCCUUCGCCGGCUCCAGCAACCAGCAAUGCGGGUUCGAGCCCCGCCGCCUCCUCUUUCUUGCACACGUCCUGUCGCUUGUUCUGUCGUGACAUACGGACGGCCCGUCCUGUCUCUCUGUUUGCGACGAUUGACUGAGUGCCCAACCGCCGUGUACAGAGCGCCAGCCAGCCAGCCACCACCCACCCCACACAUACAUACCUAUGUGUACAUGGAUGGAUGGACGGAUGAGUGCAGUACGUGCGCGAUUGAGACGCCAGUCGUUGAUUCAUUCAACGAUUGUCACAAGCAGCCCUUUUUCCCCACACACGAAGACAAUUUUUUGCGGCGUGUGUGAGAAGUGGUGGUGGCGGUGGUGUUGAAAGGUGUGAUGGCGUGGUGUCUGCUGUCUAUUGUCUAUAAAUACACAGGCAAUUUUUCAUCGACCUCACCCACAGCUGACCAUGGAUAGCAGGUGGAAGGAAGGGCGGCAGUGAUUGUGGUUAGGGAGGUGUUAGCACAAUUGCUGCCACGAUCUACCGCUAAUUGAUCACAAUGCGGGUUCGACCCCCGCCGCCUCCUCUCUCUUGCACACGUCCUGUCGCUUGUUCUGUCGUGCAGUGCACGCAAACGGCCCGUCCUGUCUCUCUGUGGUUGCUCGCCCGCCCGCCGUGUACAGAAUAGCCACCCACCACCACCACCCACACACCCACCGACCACACACAUACACACCUAUGUGUCUAUGGAUGGAUGGCUGGACGGACGGGUGCGAUGCAUGUGCAUGAUGCACGUCAGUGAGAGAGACCGAGACCAUUGACACGCGAUUCAUUGAUUCAACGAUUAGUCGGAAGCAGCCCUUUUUUCCCACACACGAAGACGGUUUUUUGUGGCGUGGAUGAGAAAUGCUGGCGGUGGUGGUGAAAGGUUUGAUGGAGAGGGACGCCCUUUGCUUUGCAGCGAGGUGUUGGCACAAUUCUGUUGCUGCCUUGACAUCUAGCGAUUCACCACAAUGCGGGUUCGAACUCCGCCACCUUCCUCUCUCUCCACCGACGUCAUGCCGCUUGUUCUGUCAUGCGGUGCAGUGCAGUGCGAACGGCCCGUCCUGUCUCUCUUGCUGAAUUCACUUAUUGCCCGCC